CAGAGAGGGGGACAGAUACAGGAAUGGAUUUAUUCUGAAGGUCACCAAGGGGGAGGUCAGAGGUCACGGUCGAUGGCCACCCUGAACAUGGCGGCCCUGAACGACACAGAGCUGAUGGUGUGGACCAAUGGGACUGUCGAUCAGUGCAGGCCCCGUUACAAUUACUACGCGGCGCUGCUCAGUCUCCUGAUCUUCACUGUGGUUUUCGGCAAUGUGCUGGUGUGCUUGGCGGUGUCGCGGGAGAGAGCGCUGCAGACCACCACCAACUACCUCAUCGUCAGCUUGGCAGUGGCGGAUCUGCUGGUGGCCACCCUGGUCAUGCCCUGGGUCGUCUACCUCGAGGUCGUUGGCGAGUGGCGGUUUGGUUGGGUUCACUGUGACAUCUUUGUGACGCUCGACGUAAUGUUCUGUACGGCCAGCAUCCUGAACCUGUGCGCCAUCAGCAUCGACAGGUACAUGGCUGUCGCCAUGCCGAUGCUGUAUAACACACGGUACAGUUCCAAGCGGAGGGUCACUCUGAUGAUCACGAUGGUCUGGGCGCUGUCCUUCGCCAUCUCCUGCCCGCUCCUCUUUGGGCUGAAGAAUCAUUCGGGUAAGACAUGGGCUUGUGGGGAGUGGGGUGGGUACAGUUGUUCCCUGAGCAGCCCCGUCCCUGUGAGAGGGUCACUGCUCUCACUACGGACACCACCACACAGAAAGAACCAAAGAGACGUACAGCGCAGGAACAGGCCCUUCGGCCCUCCAAAGCGUGAGAACCGCAGAUUCAUCGGACACUUGCAGAGGCUGGGGACGUUUCUGCCCUCUGGGUCUCCAUACCUUCCUCAGUUGGCGACGCUGGUGCGGGAAGCGAUGGCAGGACCGGAAGGAGCUGAGAGGGCCCACCGUGGAGAGGAGCCUGGGAAGGCCAGGCCGGCAGGAACUCCCUUGGUUUUCCAGCGCGCCAUUGCCUCUGGCUCCGGCCUGACGGCUGGAAAGUGGGAGGCGCCGUCCUCUGUCGAAGUGUCCCAGGAUCCUGAACGGGAUGGCCCAGGGAGUUUCUUCAGGAGCAACACCUUGGAGGUGCCGAGGGUCAUGGAUGAGGAACAGGCCCCAGCCGUCAAGGAAGCAUCAAGGAGCAAGGUAUCCCACCAGAAGGAGAAGAAGGCAACGCAGAUGUUGGCGAUUGUCUUAGGUGAGUCUAGAAUGAUCUAGGACUGAAUUUGAGAGUCACCAUAGUAACCUAGAACAUUGGGGUAUGAUGCCCUGAGUCAUUGGGAUAUUUAUAACCGCGUAUGUUCCGUGUUCUCACAAUUAUCUGGAACAACAGGCUGCAAUUCAAGUCGUGAUUAUCCAGAACUAUAAACCAACUCACUUCGUCUUACAAUGACCUAAAUCUUUAAGAUGUAGGUUGAGUUGUGAUAAUGAUCAGGUACAAACGCCUGUGUGACAAUCUAGGACAACAGGCCAGGUAUCAAGUUUCUGGAAGAUUCUAGAACAAUAGGUUACAUUGUCAUCAUGGUCUCGACCAAUCAGCUGCGUUCCUGGUGUUACAAUGGUGAUGAAACAACAGACUAAAUUUCGGCCAAUCCCAAUGCUCUUGAACAAUAUGUGGAGUGACUUUGACUCACAAUGAUCUGGAGAAUCUGGAGUCUGAUGGUAACACGAUGAUCUGGAACUGUAGUCUGGCCUCUGUGAUCUUACAACUAUCUCAAAUUAUAGUAUGCAAUCAUCAAAUCACCGUGAUCGAGAUUGAUAGACCUCACAAUAACCUUGGUAAAUAUUCACAAUGACCUGGAAUGAUUUACUAACUGACCCAACCUCACAGAGAUGAAGAACAAUCGGCUAUA